CAUUAACUACGCAAGUUUUUUUCUUUCAGAAAGAAAUAAGAAAAUAUGGUAAUAAUUUGUAAAAUACUUGAAUAAACAAAGUAUUUUACAAAGCGUUACCUAAAAGAUAAAUGUUUCAUUUUAAUGAUAUUGAACAAUAUCUGUAAUAUGACUAUGUACAAAUUCAACUAUUAGGUUUUUAUAAUCAGUCAUCCAUGUCAGACUCUGACUCUUCCCAGUUCAUGUUAAGAGACACCAAUGCUCUGCUAAGCUCCUCUCGGAGAUUGGGAACUGAUGUUGUGUCAAUUUGAACUGUUUUAUUAAUUAGGGCAUAGUGGAGGCUGACCAAUUUAGAGUCUUAUUUUAUUUUAUUAGCACUUUUAACAUAUUAUUUUUCUAUCUAUUUAUCCAUCUCAGGCCACAUCUAGGCCACCUAACCCCUCUCCCGCUGAACUAACCCCAGCCCGGUUAGCCCUGUGACUGGGGCCACUAAAUUUAUGCCUGGGUAUAUUAAAGCAGGCCAACUUUUUUUUAUUUGAGUCCUCAUCUUAAGCCUUUUAUAAUAUUUUAUUAUAUUGAUCACUUGUAUGGGUAUUUUGUUUAUAGCCUAGGGCCUAGGCCUACCCAUUUUUUAUUAUUUUAAUUCUGCAAGUUUACCAACAAGGCUUUACUUCAUUAUUCAGUUUUAAUUAGGCCAUUCGAAAUAGCCUAUUUACUUCAUUUUUAUAUGGUAGUUUCAGACUCGUUUAAUUCCACAGUAUGGACGUUGGCAAAGCCAUGAAGUGUGAGUCAUGCGAAAUGUUAAUUGUUGUCCAAGAGGAGGACUUUGUACUGGCAUUUCCAUGUAACAAAUGCAUAGAGAACUACGAACUUAAAAUGCAAGUUCUGGCGCUUGAGGAGAGCAUAUCCUUGCUGAAGGACAACGCCCGAAUCCAGGAAGCAUUUGAGACCACACUCCUGAAUAGGCAGGCUGGAUCCGCUGAUUGGUCUACACAGCUUGGUGCCCCUGGUCUCACAGGCAUGAAACCUGUGGGCAAACCUCUCCUGUCUACUACCCACCCUCCGAUCACUGCCUGUUCCACCCCCUGUGUGGCAAAGGUUCCGUAUCAUUGGACCAAGGUCAAGUCUCGAUGAUCGCAGGUGCCUAACCCAACCCACCCACCCGAGACUUCACCUGUCGAGCAGAUUCCAGGCUCUCAGCGAUUUGCCCUCUCCUCAGUCCACUCCACCAAACGCGGUUGGACCCGUCGUGGUAAUCAGCGACUCAAUCGUAAGGGAUGUGGCUUUUUCCCAUAAACUGCAUGGAUUCGCUGAUGUACAUUGCUUUCCUGGUGCUCAAGUGCAAGACAUUGGAUUACAAGUGCCAUCUGUUUUGGUGAAAUAUGACAAAGGGUUUGCAGUUUGCCUGGGUGUGCCUGGAUAUCGUCCCUGGGGUGGGGGUGGGGCUGAGUGGGUCAAGAGUGCUCCAUCUCUGUCCUAGAUUUAUUUGCAGCUCUGAGGAAAACUAGAGUGAUGGCUUUACUUACGCUCCACAGAGCCCCCUCCAUCAGCGUGGCACCGGAUGAAAGUAUUCAGAGGAGAGGGAGACUGCAGAAAAGGGAGAGUUUUGCCUUGGUGAAAGGUGUGGUGCUCUUGCUGGAAGAGGGGGAACAGACAGGCGAUGAGACCGCGCCCACUCUGUGCAAGCCCCCCUCAUCGAGGGAAGGACAGUCCGACUAUCAGGGCAGACACCUCCACGCCAUGGUGUCCCUGCUUCGGCCAGAGGACACCCUCAAAAUGGCUGUGCGUUUGGAGUCAGCAAGCCCGAUUAGGGUCAGGUACCUGCUGGUCAUUUUGACUCUGUGCAAUAAAUAUGAGAGCAUCUUGCUGGGUGUGGACUUCCCCAGCAAAGACAGUGAUCAGUGCACCAUUGGCCUGGUGGUUCCCAUUUGGAGUGACACCCAAGUAUACCUGGAUGGCGAUGGUGGGUUCAGUGUAACCUCAGCAGAAGAGACUAGGAUUUUCAAGCCUGAGUCCAUUCAGACGAUGUGGUCCGUGUUGCAGGCCCUGAACGGAUGCUGCGAGCGGGCAGUGAAAGGCGCAGUUAUUCCCGGCUGUGGGCUAGACUGGGCCCAGAACUACACUGACCAGGUGGAGUCAGACCGGCAAUGCCUGAACGAGUGGGACGUCAUGACAGGGUUGGAGUCCGUGAGGAGGGGCGACGUGGAGCAGAGCUCAGAGAGAGUUACGGUGGAGAGAAGGAUUAAGACCAAGCUGAGAGAGAUUAUGAGUACUGAAGACCUGGACAAUAUCACCUCCAAACAGGUGCGGUUAGCACUGGAGAACAGCUUUGGUAUGGACAUGAAGGACUACAAGGAAUACAUCGACAAUGAGAUGAUGGUCACCAUGGCCCAGAUGGACAAACCCUCCAAAAUAUUUGACUACCUUUACCUGGGUUCUGAAUGGAAUGCUGCCAAUUUUGAAGAGCUGCAGAAAAACAAUGUUGGAUACAUUUUGAACAUUACCAUGGAGAUAGACAACUUCUUCCCAGAUUCCUUCACUUACAUGAAUAUCCGUGUGUACGACGUGGAGUCCACCGACCUACUAUCUCACUGGAACACCACCUACAAUUUCAUCAACGAGGCCAGGCUGAGUGGACAGGCUGUGCUGGUGCACUGUAAGAUGGGUGUCAGCCGUUCAGCCUCUACCGUGUUGGCUUAUGCUAUGAAGCAGCAGCAGUGGCCGCUGGACUACGCCCUGGCCCAUGUCAAGGAGAGACGUCAUGUGAUAAAGCCCAAUGAUGGCUUCAUGAAGCAACUACACACUUACAGUGGGAUUCUGCAGGCCAGUCAGCAGCGCCACAGUGACCUCUGGAAGAGGAGGAAGUCACGGGAGCUGAGGAAGUCCCUGGAGAACAGCAGGGAGGAAGGAGAGAGUGAGGAAGAGGAGGAGAGCCCAGAUGAACAGGAAUAUGAAGAAGAAGAAAAGGAGGUGUUCCCAGAUUCAACACUGCCCUCUGCUUCCCAGCAGAGUCAACCUCUGACCCCUUUCCCCCAUCAGGACACCCCCCAUAUCAACCUCCAGGACAGCGACACGUUGUUAAAGAAUCCCAGUCAGAGCGGGAGGAUGAACCUAAAGAGUCCAAGUCGGAGCGGGAGGAUGAACCUAUUCUCCCUCCUGCAGUCCAUUAGUGAGCCGGGCGAGGAGGAAGGCAGAGAGAGCGAGAGGGAGCAGUUGGAUGCUACUCAGCAGAAGUCACCGGCGCAACGGAGGCGGGUCCAGAGCCAGGGCCGGAAGGGCCUCGUUCAUCAGAGGGCCCAUGUGGACGUGUCCCCUGAGCCACGUAGUCAAUCACCACGUAGCAGUGGGGCCGGGGGACAGAACAGGGUGGGGCUUUCCUUGCUUGGUAGCGACAAGGAAGCAGGAGAGAAGAGAGAAGGAGAGGGGGGGUGUGAUGGAGAGAGAAUGGAGGAGGGAAAAAGUGGGUGAGAUGAGUGGAUGAAAAGAGAUGCUAAGAGAGAGAGAUCAAAAUGCGUAAACCAGUGAGACACAGGCAGCCAGGGAAGUGUUGCAUUGUGAGUGCUGUUAAAACACAAUUCUGUACACAAUCUGUUGCCAUUUAUUAUGUUAUGUACAUGCAGCCAUAAGAAAUUGCUAAUUGGUCUGAUGAGGCCAGAUAACAUCAGAUAAUUCUGAUGGUAUGGAAGGGGUGUCAAAGUCAAAAACAUCUCCAAACAAUCCUCCAACCCCAAGCUGCUCCUGUAGUAUUUACAGAAGCACAGUAUUUGUUUUCAGCACGCCCAGUGCAUGCCUCACUUGUGUACCUUAGCUCUUACAGUAUUAUAUUAGGUCAUAGUGUUUUAUGGGGAACCCCCUCAUUCUAUACCAACACACUCAUUCUAUAGCCCAGACAUCUACACUCAGUGACCACUCUAUUAGGUAUUUAUUUUGGACUUAUUGGUUUUCUGCUGCUGUAGCAAUUUGAACUCUCUCUCUCAUCUUUUUCCCCUCCCCCUUUCUCCCUGUCACCCUUCUCUUUAUGAAGAUCUAUGCAAUAAUACUAUUUUAAGCGGUCUCAUUAUAAGAAUGUGAAACUAUGCUGGGAAUUAAUACUUAUCAGGGCCAUUUCUUUGUUUUCGCUCCCUGUAACUGUCGCCACCCAAAGCGUUCCGCCAUCUUGAGAGCACACACUAGCGAGUAUAUGGUGAUAACGUGCCACUGAAGGAGAGUUGGCAUGCUGAAUAUAUUGAAUCCAAUGCUCCUCACGUGCAUCGUGUGGAAUGCAAACAAUUACUGCAGUGUCACCUCCAGUCUGUUUUUUAUUUUAUUUAUACAAUAGUUUUGAAGCAUAUUUUUCUGUAGUCACUGUACUGCCCACAGCUUGUCUAUGCUGGUGCCUUGGAUCCGGAACAAUGGGCUGGUGCUACAAAACCUCUUGGCCCUGUUUAUAGUAACUGUAAGGGUAUGACCAUAUGUGGUGGUGGCUUUUUGGGAUUUACCACUUUCUUUUUCUCCCACUGUGCCUUACUGUUUUAUAUUUUUGUUCCAUGUGCCUGGAUGUUUGCAUGUUUAUACGUUUGUCAUGUUGUGUGUUUUUUAAAGCGUUUGGCCAUGUACUUGCAUGCAUUUGUUUCUCUCUGUGCUUUGCCAGUGCAUUAAUGUAUGUGUGAGUGCAUUAAGCCACAGGAUCUGUAAACUUACGAAUUCAUUAAAGUCCUUCUCAAACAGAAAACAA